CUCCGAGUGUUUAAUCAUGGACGAGAGGAUGAAGUGCAAGUGUUGAGAAGAUCACAUACUCCCACGAGCGAGCUGUGCGCCCAACCGUGACGCGACAAGUGCGCAACGGCGCGCAGAGAGGAGACGGUUGAGAAUCGCCUUCACCGCCGGAACAGGCACCGGAAAUGGGGCGCAAACGAGCGAGCGCGCUCAAGCGCCAAACGAAGAUCAGCUUCUCCCCAGCCGCAACAUCGUCGCCCGCAAAGACAACACCCACCAACGCAAUGGGCCCCACGUCCUCCCGGGCAAAGAGGCAGUCCAAGAUCGACCUGCAUAAUAUCGCUCCGAAAGGCACGCCGAAACGAGUGCCGAAGCAGACGCCAACCUACGACUCGAGCGGCGAUGAGCUGCAGGCUGAGGGGGACAGAAGCAUGCGCGUGGGCUUGCCGGUGAGAGCCAAGAGCAACGGCAUGUUUGGCAGCUCUGAUGUGGAUGUUGCGUCGGAAGCGAGCAGCUCAGAGCCGCAGAGUGAGGCAGAGAAGCCAGCCAGGGCAAACGCGACCAGAGCGAGUCGGAAGCGGCAGCGCGCAGAGAGCAGCGAUGAAGACAAAGGCACGGUUACGGUCAUACAGAGGAAGCGGGCGCGACAAGCCGAGUCGGAUGGGGAGGAAGAGGAGUUGAGGCUGCCGGGCAAGCGGCGGAGAGUUGAGCGGCGGCAGACAACGCCACAAGAGAGCGACGAGGAGAUGCCCACACCACCGCGGAGCACGCGACGGAGACUCACCAAGCGAACGGCGACGCCAGAGGAGGAGGUGGAGCACCAGUCACCACCAAAGAGCACGCGGCGGAGGGCAAGAAGGCACCGGGCAUUGAUGGACGGGGAAGAGGAAGAAGAAGGGGUGCAAGAGGAAGGCAAUGGGGCAGAAAGCGGCAACAACGAGGAGCACGAAGAGCUUAGGGAGGAGCUGGCGUUCCUGCAAUCGUCACCGCUGCGGAUCACAAACGACAAGCCAAAGAACAAGCGCCAGGAGGCACUCGAAGCACUCAAGAGGCGACGCGCCGGCAGUACACAGGAGCCAUCGUCUACACCAGCUCGCAAGACACGUGCAGUCAUCAAGUCCGACUCUGAAUCUGAGCUCGAGAUCAUCAAGGAGGAGCCAGACAGUGACCAAGUCGGCGAUCCGGAGAGCGCGCUCGAAGACGACGAGGAGGAGUCAGACCGCGACGCAAACGCACACGACAUGUUCCAAGAAGACGAAGAUGACACGGGCUUCAUCGACGACGACCCCGACGCCAUCAUCGGCGAGCCCGACACCGAGCAAGCCCAGCUCCCCAUGCAGUUCAGCAGCAUGUCGCGCGCCAAGCCCAAAGAGCUCUUCAAGUACGCCGUCGAAUGGAUGGUCAUGAAGAAGAUCCACCCCGCCUUCAACUCUACCGACGAAAUAUACGAACUGACCUUCCGCAAACUCGGUGACGAAGUCAAGGGCCUCGCGUCCUCCAAGUUCACCUCCGCGGCCUGGACUUCAGACUUCACGAAAGCCAUCAACGCGCGGCCCGAACUCCUCAUCACCGAGAUUGGCGGCUCCAGACGCGACUUCCUCAACGACCACUGCGAGGCGUGUAACCGCAGAAACCACCCCGCGACGUUUGAGCUUAGUCUCACAGGCGCACCGUAUAACCCCGAGUCCCUCGAGCCGCUGGAGCCCGACUCAGAUUCCAACUCCGACUCCGACUCAUCUGCGUCCUCGCUCAGCGCAGACUCCGAAGCCAAUCUGAACGGUGAGAAGCCCACCUACGACGCCCGCGGCGAGCGCAUCCCGCCCGAGAGCAAAACCUUCACACUCGGCAGCACAUGCAAAGCCAACGCACAGGUCGCACAUACGCUGCACCACUGGCGGUACCACCUGAACGACUGGGUCAAGGGCUACUUGGAGAGCAACGGGCACUUGACGCCGGAGAAGCUGGUCAAACGAGAUAAGAAGAGCGAUCGCAAAAGGGAGAAGGAGGCGAGAAGGAUUGUGGACGAGAUGGAGAAUAAGGGCGAGAUUAGGAAGUUGCAUCGCUUGUAUAAGGAUCAGGUGCAGUUUGCGGUCGAGGCGCAGAAUGAGUUUAGGAUGGGCUGGGGGAGGAGGUAGGGCGGCUCUGGAUGCAAGACUUGGAACGGGUUGGGUAUGGAUGGUUCGGGGCGAGUGUGUGGGUGUUGAAGCUAUACGGAUUUGAAUCGAUUGGAUACCUAUCCUCUAGGACGGUUCCUGCGAUCAAGUCAUGUACCGAACGGACUUACAGCUCUCGCGAGCUUGGUACCGGUCUGUCCAUGCGUGUCUCAUCACACUGUUCACCCAUCUCAACGAGAAUCAUUGGCUUGCACAGACCGUCCAAUACCUAUACGUCCGAGCACCCAGUUCAGAGCUGAUAUCUCUAACUAAUUCUAUAUCUCCAG